AUUCUAAGGAUUCUUGUGAUUUUGGAGAAUCUAACUACGGAUAAUCAAGAACAGAGAGCUUUCCCUCCCUUUUUCAUGAAGGAUUUAGUUCUUGGCAUCGGUAUUGGUAUUGGUCUCUGAUGAUACUGAUAUGAUACUGAUUUUGAUUAAGAUUGGAUUUUGUAUUGAUCGCUUUUGCUUUUGCUGUUUGAAAAAAAAAAAAUACGUGUACCAAUACUUGAAACCGUGGACAGAGCUUAGAUGGACUAGGAUCCUCACCAGCCCGGACCAAUGAGGGCUCUCUCUCUCUUUGGGUUCUGGAGAGGAUCCAAAUCCGAAAUAGGCAAACAAAUAUGGUAAUACUGAACCCAUAAGAAGGAUCCUUUUGAUUGCAUGUUUGCUGCAUAUCUCUCACCAUUUUUUCUUUUUUAAAAUUUUUUGUAACACUUCCUCCAAAUUAAUGUGCUGGUGUUUGCCACCAAAAAAUGUAGCUGAUUAGGCAUAAAGUACUCUUAGCUUUAUUCUAAUGAUUCGCUAAUGAAUUAAGCAAAGUAUAUAACAAAGAGCGUUCAUCGGAAUUGAGGACAAAAUGAAAAACUAUUCCCUAAUCAACAAUUAAGUUUUAGAUUAUCUUUUAACUACGAUACAAGCAAUUGAAAGUCCUCCAAUUAUAAUUCUUUGCUUAUCGACUAAAAAGACAAAGGCCUCUAAUAUUUUAAACAAGAUGAGUUUUCAAAUUAAUUACCCCCCACCUCCCUUUUUGAAUCUUGUUUGUGAUCUAGAGCUUAUUAGCUAAGAUCCACAGCCAAGGCUCUCAAAUGAAAGAUUUGUCCAAGUAAGAAAGAGAGCUUUAGUCUAGAACUUUGUUUGAGGAUCUCAAUUUGGGAUCAAAACUGGAACUGUCCUGCUAGAAUUUGGUACCGGGCCAUCUCAUUAAUAGCACGACGGUACUAGGAUCUGAUUUUGAUAUAAAAAAACAAAUGGGACUAGACAGUUUUGGGAUGGGAUGGGUUGGCAAUAGGUACAGGAUGGAAUUGGAAUUGCAAGUACUUUUUCAGUGGGUAUGAUUAAUGAACCUACGUUUGGUUCCCUUAACUAAACAGAACAGUAUUGGGGAUUGGCACCUUUGAUACCAAUACCAAUAUAGACCUAUCCCAAAUACCAGGAACCAUACCUAUUGACACUCUUAUCUUUAUUUGGGGCUUAUAUAAAGCAACGACUUCCACAUCUUCUACCCAUGUUCACUCAAUCCAGUUCCCAGACAAUCGUGUCUGUUCUUAGUAGGCUGCCUUCAUAUUCAGCCAUGACAGAAUCAACUUCUUCUGUCAACCCUCUCAAGUAUGGAGAUGUAUACAAAGCAGCAGAAAAAGGGAAGGAUCAGUUGGACAUUUUCCUGGAAUUCUACAGGGAAAGACCCACAUCACCCAUCAAUGAUCGGGGUGACACAAUCCUCCAUCUUCUCAUUCUCAAUAAAAACAUAACCACUGCCAGUGAGCUACUGAAGUUGCCCCUCCUUGAUGGCCUAACUGCGAAAAAUAGCAAAGGCAACACACCACUCCAUGAAGCAGCCAUGGUUGGUAAUGAUGCUCUGACGAUUGCAGAGUUAAUGGUCGGGAAGGAGAAGAGCCUAGUCAGUGAAUGCAAUCUGAAGGGAGAGACACCUUUAUAUUUGGCUGCGGCUUAUGGACAGACAAAAAUGUUUAACUUCCUCAGAAAAACUAUCUCCCAUGAUCACCCAGGAUUGAAAAGAAAUGAUGGCUGUACAGUUCUUCAUGCGGCUGUGAUGGGCGAGUUUUAUGGUCUAGCUUUAAAGGUAAUGGAUUGGUACCCAGAUCUUGCCCUUGAUUGUAACGGAAAGAGCGUCACAGCUCUUCAUCUACUAUGCGAAUCACCCUCUUCGUUCAAGAGUGGGACACUUUACUCAGAGUUUAAUAUAAGCAAGGCCCCCUUCAUUCCAUGGGCAUUGUUCAAAUUAGUAAUCUACUUCUGUAUGCCUUUGGAUGCUGUUGAGGAUCCUGAAGAAACUGAAAAUGGACAGAGUUCAUCAUCAUCGGCUGGCAACAGAAAACAAACAGCUGGGAUGGGCAGACGAUUAGUGAAUUCAUUUAGUUGGAUUCGAUUGCUUAGAGGAAUUGAUGAUGAGAAGCAAAAGCAUAACUUGGCAAGAGUGCUGGCAAAAAGAUUGAUAAUAAGGGAACCAGUAUAUCAUUCAGUCCCUUACAUUUCAUCUACAACAAAUGCAAUCAGUGACACCCUUAUGUUAGCUGCAAGGUAUGGUAUUGUUGAGGUUAUAGAUAUGAUCUUCACAGAAUAUCAACGGAGUAUUGAGUUUCUUGAUAAGGAUGGGAAGAACAUACUUCAUAUCACAGCUGAGUAUCGACAAGAAGGAAUUUUUAAGAUUUUAAAAUCAAGGGGCCUUCUUACAACCAAGAUUGUUACGGAUGUUGACAAGCAUAAGAACACACCUUUGCAUCUUGCAGCAGAUUAUGCUGAACAUGUUCAAGAAAAGAUAUUUGGUCCACCAGCACAAAAAAUGUGGCGGGAGAUGCUCUGGUUCAAGCAAGUAAAGGAUGUUUCCCUAAGUCACCUAUUUCAUCUUCGAAAUGACAAAGACAAAACAGCAGAUGAGUUAUUCGACUCCUCCCACUGGCACUUGUUAGAGGAGAGCGUGAAGAAGAAUAAGGAAGUAACGGAGAGUGUCAUACUGAUCUCAACCUUAAUUGCAACCAUUAACUUCACUGCAUCAUUUGCUGUUCCAGGUGGUUAUGACCAGGAAUCUGGUAUCCCUGUUUUCUUCAGAAUUAGGGGAGAUUUCCCUCCAUUUUAUGCAUAUUCUUCAAUUGCAUUGUUCUUCUCCGUUAUAGCCAUAAGUGGCUGCAUAUCCUCUUACCUGUCUCGCUUUCAUAAGAAUGAUUUUUAUCUUAUCUUGCCACUCAAAUACCUUUUUAAUGGCAACAGUCUCCUCUUCUCUGUGACCUACACAGUUUUAGCAUUUUCACAAGCUAUCUUACUUGUGACAAAGGACAAAUUUACACCUAUAGAAUUCUCCCUUGCAGUUACCACUAUAAUGGUUGUUCUUGGAGUAGUCCUCUUUAUCUACAUAGAUAUAAUGUUCCUACCCUUUUGCUACCUCAUAGAUGUGCUUUCAGAAUUUAUUUUUAACCAAGAAAAGAUGAUGUACUAAUUACUAGUUGAAUAUUCACAUAAAACUGGUUCUGGAUUUGUAAAAAAUAAAAAAAGAAUACAAAUAU